AUGUUGAUUGGUGAGAGUGAGAUUAUGCUUGAUUAUGUGGAACGAUAUAUCAGGAAGAAUCAACAAUGGACACGAACACUGAUUGGAAGUUCUUUACCUGGUGAUUCAAUAGCGGGUACUACAUAUAGUGAACAAUAUAAUCGAAGAGUAUUAAUGGAUAUUAUUCUUCAUGGUGAAACAAACAUUACUUUAAUGAUGCGCCGAAUGGACCACAUCUAUGCAAAUCUUUACGAUUUAUUCAAUCAAAAUUUUCACAUAUCAGGACACAGAAAGUACUGCCGAAUUGCAUUCGAUAAUCUUACUUAUCAACGGGUUCCCAUUCAUGAAGAUUUCUUUUGUAUUAUACUGGCUGAACAAAAAGAUCUAAUAGAAAAUGAUCCUCCUUUUCUUAAUCGUUUCGAAAAACAUGUUGUUGAUACAGAUUCUAUUAUUCAUCGUUGUUAUACCAUAAUUGCAUCAAAUCUAUUGCAAUGGAUUGACAGUUUAGUAACAUACAGUUCCAAUAAGCAUUUUCCUCAGCGAAAGAGUCUAUUUGUCGAUUAUAAUCCAGAUAAUGUUCGCCUCUUAGUUAUGGAUGCAUUUGAUUCUUUAAAAAUAUCUGAAGAUUAUAGUGAAAAUCAAAGAGAUGUUAUUAUUGGAUUUUGCAAAGAAAAACUGAUUCGAACGAGUUCAUUUGAUCUUCCUCUUCUUCUGUCGUGUCAUAUGAUAAAUAAUGACAAGUUGAAAAUUUUAAUAGAUCAAUAUUAUAAAAUACAUAACCAACUUUCAUUUUCAAAUAUAAUUGAUCAAGCAUUAGAAGAAACAAUGAUUCUAAAUCAAGUUAUUUAUACUUAUACACAAAUUUAUGAUAAAAUCGAAUAUUUAAAUCACAAUAGUCUUGUAAUGGAAAUAAAAAUAGGCGGUUUUAAGAGCGAAUUCGAAUUAAAAACAAAAAUCAAAGAGCAUUAUCAAUCAAAAAAUAAACGUUUAUUACUUAUUCGUGUUGAUUAUCAUCAUGAAUAUAAACAUUUACUUUUUCUUAAACAUUUGAUACAGAAUGGAAGCAUAGA